AUGACUAACUCUUGUUCGUGUAUGUUAUCUCUAUUGUUGUUGUUGUUGCUGUUCAUCACACAUUACACGAAUGCAGCAACUCUUCGUUUCCCAAUGUAUUCAUUUGAAAAUGAGCAGAAUACUUCAAUUAUCAAUCAUGAAUAUUCACAAUCAGAGUAUAUGAAUUCUCAAAUACCGUUGUUGAAGCGAUUGAAACGUUGGUCAAGACAUGGUGAUAAUGAUGAAGUCGAAAUUGCCUUGGAUACAUCAGAUAGCAAUGCUUCAUUGAGUACAACAGUAUUCAAUUUCGAAAGUACUACAGAGGAUUUAUCAGUAAUGGAAAAUGAUACGAACAAUCGAACAACAGAUGAACAGACGACAAUGAGACAUUUGUUAUUAAGGCAAGAUUUAGCAGAACUAAAUCAAACGGACGAUCAAACAACAAGUGAUCAUGUUGAAAAUAGCAAUAAUACAAGUUAUUCAGCGACAAAUUCAACAAUUCUGGUGACAACGGAAGAAAUAUUGGAAUCGACAACGAUUGCAAUCGUUUCCACUCAAAUCAUCGAACAAACCGAAUCAGUGACAUCUGAUGUUGUUUUCAAUUCUACUAUAGUACUAGUUUCAAAUGUUACAACAGAUUAUCCAACAAGUUAUUCAUUAAAUGACUCAGUGACGACCGAUUUGAUCUAUACCGAUUUCAAUAAUACGCAUCUUUCUCAAAAAGAUGCACUUAUUCCCGUUGAUUCAGACUUCUUGUUCAGCGAAACCGAAUUUCAAGAUUUAAAUAUAUCUUCCAAUUUAACAUCAAAGGAAGCAGCAACUCCCUUAUGUGAUUUAUCCUGUCAAUGCUUAAAAGAAUGUCUUUAUGGUUUUGAAAUUCUCAACGACACAUGCCUAUGCACUCCACCCUGUCAAAACUAUCCAUGCUUUGGCACUGAUGAAUGUGUUAUAACCGAAGAAGGACAUCCUUAUUGUGAACCGGCGAACGGCACUGAACAUGACCGUCCAACACGUUGCUAUCAACCACGAGAUGCUGGCUAUCAUGAUACCGAUUUACGAUACCAUAAUCGUUGGUAUUACCAUCCUGAUCAAGACACAUGCCAUCUGUUUGUUUAUCGUGGUUUGGGAGGAAAUGAAAACAAUUUUCUCUCGUUACAUGAUUGUCAUUUAGAAUGUAUUACCUGUGGCCCAUCAUUCGAUCGCGGUGAAUGUUUAGGACGUAUUGAUAUGUGGUAUUAUGAUAAUAAAAGUCGAGAAUGUCGGCAAUUCGAAUACUCUGGAUGUAAAGGAAAUGAAAAUAAAUUCUUAAAAAAGGAACAAUGUACGGCGACAUGUAUCGAUCGACUAACAAAUGGACAAUAA